AUGGACGGCGAUGUGGUGGCCCAGUUUACUGAGAUCACCGGCUCGAGCCCUCAGCUGGCGACUCAGUAUCUGCAACUAACCGAUUUCAACAUUGAGCAGGCCAUGCAGCUUUAUUUCGAAAAUGGCGGUGCGCCCUUGACUGAAGAACCGCUACCAUCAACUUCUGCCCCUCAUGCUGCCCCUCACGCUGCCGGGCGCGAACAUGAGUCUGGGAUUGUGAAUGUCGAUUCGGAUGACGAUGUUACGGUGGACGAAGCCCGGUCGGCACCUCCGAAUCAACUUCCACAUGCUUCUACAUUUGAUGAUGAUGCUGCUAUGGCCCGUCGGCUCCAAGAGGAAAUGUAUGGUGGGGAAGAUAAUUCCGAUGGGGUGCGUGCUCCAAUGGCCCGAACGACGGAAACACUUGUAGGCCCGGAGGCAGAGAUGGAUGACGGCGACAUGCACGCCAGUAUAUUGGGUCAACUACGUGCUAGCCAACGAGGCAAUCGGCCCGGUAUCUUCAACCAGAGAGACAGCGCGUCGAUCUGGACAGGAGACGAUGAUGAAGACGAAAGGACCCGUCGUGAAAGACUCUCGGCGGCAACGGGCGGGGCCUCCGACUCGUCAAACAAGUCGAAUAUGCUCGCUGAGAUGUAUCGUCCGCCAUUCGAGAUCAUGUCUAGGCUCCCAUGGGAUCUGGCCCGGCAAGAAGGACGCGACACCGAGAAGUGGCUCUUGGUCAAUAUUCAGGAUUCGUCCGUCUUUGACUGUCAGGUGCUGAAUAGAGAUCUUUGGAAAGACGCCGGGGUCAGGGACACGGUCAAAGAACAUUUCAUAUUCCUGCAAUUCUCCAAAGACGACCCCCGGGCUUCUCCCUACUUGCAAUACUAUUUCCAGGGUAGCGACGUGUCCGACAACUACCCUAACAUUGCCAUUGUGGAUCCUCGGACCGGAGAACAGAUGAAGGUCUGGUCGGGGCCGCCCGUUAUCAAGGCGGCGGACUUUCUGAUGCAGCUUCACGAAUUCCUUGACCGAUACAGCCUCAAGCACAAUGUUCGAAAUCCCGUGGCCAGGCGCAAGCCCGAGCAAAAAGAAAAGAGCAUCGACGCGAUGACCGAGGAGGAGAUGUUGGAGAUGGCUAUGAGAAACAGUCUCGGAACAGACGCAACUCAGGCCCCUAAGAUGGAGGAUCCAGACGAUCUGACUCGCAGUACCGAGGAUGUCAAGGGCAAGGGCCGAGUUGCCGAUGCGGAGGAUAUCGAUAUGGACGACCAAGGUGAAUCUGCCGCUGCCGCAGCUUCUCCGUUCUUAUCCAUCCCCGACAAUCGGCCGCACACCGAACCUCCUGCAGACCCUGCCACGACAACGCGCAUUCAGUUCCGCCAUCCGUCUGGGAGGGUCAUUCGGCGCUUUUUGUUGUCUGAUCCCGUUCAGCGGAUAUACGAAUGUCUCAAGGCUGAGCCGCCGUUGCCAGAGAAAGCAGGCGUGGAGUUCGAGCUCAACUCUUUGGGCCGCAACUUGAUCGAUUCCCUCGGUAUGACUGUGGAAGAGGCCGGUUUGAAGAAUGGAACCGUGAUGAUUGGAUAUAUGGAGGAGUAA